AUGGGACUGAUGUCUAGAAUUAAAAAGAGACGAGGCUGCUCCAUCACGGUGUGUUGGCGGUCAAUACGCAAAUUUGAACUUAAGACGGAUGAAAUACCUCAUUUUCGGCCUACUGGCUGCUUCAAGCUCCGUUCUUGCCGGCAGUCCCAGGCUGGGGGCCAGUCACUUGUUGAGGUGAAACCGCCGUCUCAUUUGACGGGGGACAUCCGGCCGCAACGUGUUGUGAACAGUACCCUGACUGGAUUCGAAGGGUUUUCGGGAGCAAAACUGUUUGCUCGAUCUUGUUCGGCAGGAUACUGUAUGAUAGUGACAUUAGUAUGGAAGAUCAAAGAACAAAAUGUGACAAGGGAUACGACUGCGUCGAGCCUUCUGGCUGCUGUCCGGCAGGCUAUAAGCCGUGCGGCGGCGAGCACUGCUACGACCCCAAGAAAGACAUAUGCUGUGACGACGGAGGGAGCUGUCCCAAGUCCAGCACCUGUCAUAAGGACGGAGGAUGUUGUCCUGACCACAAACUGGAGUGCGGCAAAGAGAAAUGUUAUGAUCCGUUAUUAUCGAUCUGCUGUACGGACGGGGAUGAAACGUGGUCCUGCGGUAAGGGCGAGUCAUGCUGUACUGCUUCGAAGAGCUGCUAUAUUCCCGAGACGGAGAAGUGUUGUGAGAGCGGAGCGUGUCCUGACUCGGCAGCUGCUGUGGGAAGGAAUGCUGUGA